GGAUAAAAAGCUGAUACUGCAAGCCUCCUGCGCGCUAAUUUGGGUUCUGCAUUCGAUUCUACACAGAGCAUUCAUGGAGAAUAUCGGCGUCAAGAUCAUUUCAAGGGACAUAAUCAAGCCCGCAUCUCCAACGCCACCGUCCCUAAUUUACCGCGAACUUUCAUUGAUCGAUCAGAUGGCGCCUCCCUCUUACACGCCUGCAAUUUUCUUCUAUCGCGCUCAGAAAUCGGAAAAUGUUGCUCAUCAAUCUGUCAAAGUUGCCCAAGUUAGGGCUUCUCUUGCUCGAACCCUAACUCGCUUCAAUCACUUGGCCGGAACAAUGACUGAGAGAUUCUAUGUCGAUUGCAACGACGUUGGAGUCGAAUUUUCUGAAGCCAGAGUCGAUUGCGAGAUUUCGAUUGUUUUGGAGAAACCAGAAAUCGGUGUUUUGCAUCGAUUGCUACCGCUUGUUUUCACCUCUCGAAAUGGCAGCGAGUUUCUGCUUUCCGUUCAGUUCAGUAGCUUCAGCUGCGGCGGUGUAGCCGUUGCCGUUUGUCUUUCUCACAAGCUCGCCGAUGGGGCUUCCGCCGCAGCAUUUGUUAAAGUGUGGGCCGCCGUCGCCAGAGGAGAUAAACAUUCUGUGUUGGAGCCCAAUUUUGAUGCUGUGAAACUCUACCCACCGAGAAAAAUUCCAGGUUUCAAGCGAGGAAUCGAGGCCUCAAAAGAGAAGAUUCUGACCAGGAGACUCGUGUUUGGCAAGUGCCAGAUAGCCGCGUUGAAAGAACUGGCUGCCGGUGCCGGUGGUGGCUCCGUCGUUAAACCUCCGUCGCGCGUGGUGGCUGUUUCAGCCUUCAUUUGGCUUCGUUUAAUGGAACUGGCUCGAAAGAGAGCAGUGAAAGCAAAGGUGUUCGGAGCGCUGUAUCCGGUGGACUUACGGGCGAGGAUGGACCCACCAUUGCCGGAAAAUUCCUUCGGCAACGUGUCCUGGUUCACAAUGGCAACAUCCCCUGUGGAGGCGAAUGAAGAUUUGCCACUUCUGGCGGGUAAAGUGAGAAGCGCCAUUCAAGAAAUCGACUCUGGAUUUGUGAAGAAACUAGAAGAUUCAGAAAACUUGUUAGAUUUGAUUAAGCAAGUGGACAAACAAAUCUCCAGCGGGGAGAUGCAGCUGUGGAGCUUCACGAGUUGGUGUAGAUUUCCGGUGUAUGAAGCUGAUUUUGGAUGGGGAAAGCCGAGUUGGGUUUGCAGCCCGAGCAGGCCUUUUCGAAACGCAGUCGUUUUAAUGGAUGCUUCUGAUGGUUAUGGAGUUGAGGCUUGGGUGAACUUGAAGGAAGAAGACAUGGCCAUCUUCCACCAUGACCAACAGCUUCUCUCCUUCUGCUCAGGUUAGCCUCUAAAACAAGCAUUCCUUAAUGUUAACGUUAUGUGUGAUGUGAGUGUAUUUUCUUUCUUCUUCUGUCAUUUGAAAAUUUGAAGGGUAAUCAAAUAGCCAUUUUGGAAACCAAAUAUUAAAAUCUUUUAGCAAUCAAAUCUUUUUUCAGUUCGACAUUCAAAUCGAAUUAUCCACCUUUAAGAUCUAAUAAAUGUCUUCCAACCGAAAUAGAAACAUUUCUUAUCUCAUUUAGGGUGAAUUUCAUCCCACAUAAAAAAGUAACAUCGUAUUAUAUUUUGAUUGGCUCGAGAAAUAAAACAAUUAUUUGUAUCUUAACCCGAGUUGUGCUCUACUUCUAUUUUGUCAUAUCCCAAAGACAUUGUUUUAUUUCUUGAGUACAUAGGAAAAGAAUCUCUCUAGUCUUACGUUAGCAAUUGCGUAACUAAAUAAGGAUAGUUGAAAAAAUAAUAUAUUUUUAUAAUUAAUUAUUUUAAUACAUAUUCUUGUUUGAAAAGUAUAAUUGAAACACGUCGGCAUCAGCACAAAUUAAAUUUGUGAUUGUUUAUUUAUUCUUUUUAUUCAACUAGUUUUAUUUUUUAUGUGGGUGGUUAAACCGUCUAAAAUCAUCAAAUCCCAAAAGUUUAUGAAACAAAACUAGUACAAUAAAAUAUUAUUUUUGGGUAGCUUGAUAAUUGAACUCUUUGUUUGUUUAUAUUCAAAAUAUUUACAAAAAAAAAUUAUCAGGUAGGUAUGGUUGAUUAUUUUUUAUGGGUAAACUUAACUACUUAUCAAAUUGGUAGGAGGUUUCACAAAACUUUACCAAAUAGAAAAAGUACGGUUGUGUUAGUCACAUACCCGAUAUCCGAUUGCUUAAGUUAGAAUCGAGUGUAAGAGAAGCUUAGCAAUAAAUAAACAGGAUUUCGUAGGGUAACUUGAUUACGAUAUCUCUUUCUCUGUUUAUGGAACAGGAAAAUCUUAUGUGUUUGAAUGAAGCAUCC